AUGAAGCUCGGCACCCUGACUGCCUCGGAUAGAGAUGGCUCGGUUGCGGCCAAGGACGUGCACGGCAGUGUGGUGGUGGCCGCAAUGGGGGAAGUUAAUAUUGUUGUGUGGAAUAUUAGAGGGGCUUCCCGGCCCGAUUCAUUGCGUUAUCUGCAGAGGUUGGGUCGUGAGAAUGCUGUUCGUUUGAAGAUUUGGUUUUUUUGCUUCAAUGAGAUGCGCUUAAGUUUUACUGAAUAUGCUGAGCAGAUGGUACAUGCAACCAUUGCCUUUUCCUCUGGCAUGUCAGUGUCGUUCUCGGGGAUCUAUGCCAAGUGCACGAGAGUGGGGAGGCGGCCUUUAUGGCAGAGCAUGGAGAAUGUUGGUAUGGGUAUGGAUACCCCACGGUUGGUGGCAGGUGAUUUUAAUGUGGUGUCUUCUGCAGAUGAGCGGGUAGGAGGAUCUCCAGCCAAUGUCACCAACAUGGAAGAGUUUAAUUCCUCCAUGUUCAGUUGUGGCCUGUCCACAGUAGACUUUGAUAGAUCUCUGUUCACGUGGACGAAUGGAACGGUUUGGCAAAGGCUGGAUCAUGUCAUGGUUAAUUCUCAGUGGUUCUUAAAUGCUUGGAGAACUCACCCUCAAUUUUUAGAGGUGAUUAGAGAGGAAUGGUUGUCGUCGGCGCCUGGGGUGGGUAUGGCUACAUUCCACCAGAAACUCAUGUGGGUGCGUCGCCGGCUGAAGCUUUGGAGUAGGGAAACCUUUGGGAACAUCUUUUCGAGAGUAAAGACUGCAGAGGGGGAGUAUCACCUCCGUGAAGCGGAAUUUGAUUCUAGACGAGACACUGAGGCGAGGGCUCGAUUGCAUGAGGCUCGAGCUAGGUAUUUGAGGGAGCUCUCCAUCGAAGGUGCUUUUUGGAAGCAGAAGGCCGGGAUCAAGUGGCUGGAAGAGGGCGAUGCAAAUACGAGAUUCUUCCAUGCGGUUGUCAAGUAG